CUUCCUCUUCAUCAUCCUUAGCCUUUUGUUUAUCUUUAUCAUAUUCUUCUUCCCCUCUUCAUCUCUGUUGAACUUGUUGGAAAAGAAAAAUGGGUCGAGGGAAGAUCGAGAUCAAGAAGAUUGAAAACGCUACUAACAGGCAAGUGACCUAUUCCAAGCGAAGGAAUGGUAUUUUCAAGAAAGCACAAGAGCUCACUGUUCUCUGUGAUGCUAAGGUUUCACUCAUCAUGUUUUCCAGCUCUUCAAAACUACACGAAUUCCUCAGCCCUAAUAUCUCGACGAAGGAUUUUUUCGAUCUUUAUCAGAAGACUACAGGCAUUGAUCUCUGGAGCUCCCGCUAUGAGAAAAUGCAAGAAAACUACAGAAGGCUGAAGGAGAUCAACAAGAAACUAAGAAGAGAUUUCAGGCAGAGGAUGGGUGGAGAUCUGGAUGAUCUUAACAUUAAGGAACUGCAAGAUCUUGAGGCUAAGAUGAAUUCUUCUUUGGUGGCUAUACGUGAAAGAAAGUACCAUGUCAUUAAAACGCAAACCGACACACACAAGAAGAAGGUGAGGAACUUGGAGCAAAGGCAUGCAAAUCUUGUCCUCAAUUUGGAGACAAAGCUGGAACAUCAUGAUGGAAUAGUUGAAGGUGAAGGGUAUUAUAAUGAACCAGCACAUGGAACCUCAAGCCUAUAUGCUCUUCGGCUGUACCAAAACCACCAUCCUUAUCUUGAUCUUCGCUUGGUUGAUUGAUUAUUGCCUAUUGGU